UUGCCUGCUGUCCGCUCAACACCAAUACUGUAAUAGUUGAGAUUGGGAGUGGUUAUGGGACCUUAACUAAUCUUUUGGCGGCUAGCCCGUGCCAAAAAUUAGUAGGCCUAGAAAAAGACGAACAAUUAUUCCAAUGA